AUGGCCGCCGCCGAGCACACGCUCCUCAUGGAAGGUAAAGAGAAGCCGGAGUUCUGGUCGGCGUUGGGCGACCGCCGGGGGGUGCUCCGCGCGGCGUCGCUGCACGAGGUGGAGCGGCCGCUGCCGCCGCGCCUCUUCUACUGCUCACUCGCCGCACACUCGCAAUACUACUUCGAGGAGAUAAUAUCGUUCAGCCAGUACGAGUUAUCACCGGAGAUGUGUGCGAUAUUGGACGCUCACUGUGCUGUAUACGUAUGGACAGGGAUGCACUGUCCCGCUCGCGCUAGAGAACAUGCCCUCUCGCUCGCACACGCAUACCUAGCACAAGAUCCCGCUGCAAGGGAUCCAGAGACGCCUAUUCUUGUUCUGUCACAAGGUCGAGAGCCGCCAAACUUCACUGGUUUCUUCCCGCACUGGAAACAAACUAUGUGGAAGGGACACAAAACUUUUAGUGCAAUUAUCAGCGCUCUAGAAGGCAAAGCAAUAGUGCAGUGUGGCAACAGUGCGCUUCAGAGCGGCAACACUGCUAACAGAUUCGAUCAGUACGAGAAGUAUCCCCUUGCAGUGUUGAGGGGGCCGAAGGAACACUUGCCUCCAGACGUUGACCCACUCACUAAAGAGUUGUAUUUAACUCAUGAUGACUUCGUAGCGACAUUCGGCGCGUCUUACGACGAAUUCCGUGCACUGCCAGCUUGGAAACAGAAGGAUAUGAAAAAAGCUGCCGGCCUAUUUUGA